GGAACUCCACCUACAUCGUAUGGUGGUGAACAUCUCGUCUAAAUUCCAGGAAAUGUUAGCCUGCUCGGGCUAACAUCUGCCAGAACCGAGCACGAACAAGGCGGGGGUCAACUUGGGCAAACUUCCCUUGGUAAUAUGCGCUGGAAACCAAGCAGAUCUCGAUAACGUUAGUUUUAAAGCAACUUGUAUUGCUAGUCAGCUCACAACAGCUUUUCAAAAAAAUUUUGUUUGUGUUGUUGUUUUUCCAGGAGUUUUUCAGUGGAGUGUGUGGAUCAGGAUGUCCAAGUCGGAUUUCCCACCAGGCUACGAUGAUUCGAGGAGCCCUCUGUAUGGCCCCCAGGGUGGGGGCUACCCCCAGCCCCCACCGUACGGAUUCCCUGCCUUUGGGGGCCAGCCUCAGCCCGGUCUGAACCCCCAGGGCCCGGGCAUGUACCCCGGACCCCAGCCGUCAGCGCCCUACCCAGGACAGCCUGGCAUGUACCCCCCGGGCCAGGGGUACCCUGCUCCCAGCAUGCCACCCAUGAUGCCCCCUGUCAUGCCACCAGUGAUGCCCACCCCCCCCUCAGACACCUCAGGGGAUGCGGAGGGCUUCGCCGCCCCCGGGGGCUGGGACAGCUUGUCUGUCAGGCAUGCAUUCAUUCGCAAAGUCUACCUUAUUCUGUCCAUUCAGCUCUUUGUCACAGUUGGCCUUGUUGCUGUUUUCACAUUCGUCAAACCGGUUAAAGGCUUUGUGAGGGAAAAUCCAGGAGUGUACUGGGCUUCAUUUGCUGUUUACCUGGUCACUCACAUCGUUCUCGUCUGCUGCAAAGGACCAAGGAGACGCUUCCCUUGGAACAUAAUCCUGCUGGCCAUUUUUACGCUCGCCAUGUCUUACAUGACGGGAACGAUCUCCAGCUACUAUGACACAAAAGCUGUGUUUCUGGCCCUUGUGAUAACCGUGGUCGUGUGCGUCAUCGUCAGUGUGUUCUGCUUCCAGACCAAGGUGGAUUUCACCUCCUGUGGGGGCCUGUUCUGUGUCCUGGGAAUCGUUGUCAUGGUGACUGGAAUCAUCGCUACCAUUGUGCUUUCAAUUAAAUAUAUCCCCUGGCUCCACAUGGUGUACGCAGCCAUCGGUGCGAUCGUUUACACCCUGUUUUUAGCCUACCACACACAGCUCCUCAUCGGAAACCGCAAGCACUCCAUCAGCCCUGAGGAGUACGUCUUCGGAGCUCUCUCACUCUACGUUGACAUUGUCCAAAUCUUCCUGUUUCUCCUGCAAAUCAUCGGAGCUGCUUCAAAAUAAGAGUCCCAAGGCUCUGUUGUGUAACUGCCUGACAGCUAAAAGAGGCACGGCAUAUAUUACUAUUUAAAAGGUCAAUAAGGGCUGUUUUUAGGACAAUGCGACUUGAAGAAAAAGUAGAUUUCCAAAGAAUCAGACUUCUAUCCAAACUGUUUCACAACAGCAUGGGUCUGUUUGUAUUACAAAGUGCACUCAAAAUGUGUAUUGAGAGUUUUUAAAGGCAAAAUUACAUAACUGAGUUUAGUUGGUUCAUAAGUGAUACUUCUUGAUGCACUGUAUGUUAAAUCUAGUAUAUAUUUUUAAAUUAUCUGUUCCUGCUCAUUUCUAUUAUACCUUCCUGUUAAACGUAAGCAUUUUGGGCUUCAUUUAAUAAAAAUAAUCACUUUCA